AUGAGUAAAACGCCAGGCUGUCCACAAGGGGCUCCGGGGAUGCCUGGCGUAGGCGGACCUGUCGGCCCGAGCGGUCGUGACGGUCGCCAUGGGAUUCCAGGUCCUGCCGGGCCAGCAGGUCCUCCUGGCCCGCCCGGCUCAUCUGGGCCGUGCAGCCAACCCGGACCCCCUGGCCCACCUGGUCCCGAGGGCCCACCCGGAUCCAACGGGUCAGACGGCCGGGACGGACUCCCUGGACCACCUGGAAGCUGUGAUUGUGACAGUAACGCUGUCAGCCUGAAAGAUUGUGACGACGUCUACAAGGCAGGCCACACCACCAGCGGUGUCUACACCAUCCAGCCAGACGCCGCCGGAGCCUCGUUCCGGGUCUACUGUGAGAUGGAAGCCGGGAUCGGCGGCUGGACUGUCAUCCAGAAGCGCUUCGACGGUUCUGUAGAUUUUGUUAAUGACUGGGAAACUUACAAAAAUGGGUUUGGGGACCUUAGCGGUGAGUUUUGGCUGGGAAACGACAAGAUAUAUGAGAUCUCCAGCGCCAAGGCAUACCUUCUGCGCAUUGAUCUCGAGAAUUGGUCCUCGGAAACGGUAUAUGCUGAAUAUGAUAGGUUCUAUAUCGAGGAUGAAGCAGCAAAGUACCGUCUGCAUGUUGGUGCCUUGUUGGUGCAUAUUGGUGCAUAUGAUUGUGAGUUUGGGUUAAGCUAUCAUGAUGGUAGCAAAUUUACAACACACGACCAGGAUAACGACGAUCAUUCCGGCGCUAACUGCGCAGUUAGCGAAGGUGGACGUGGAGGUUGGUGGUAUAAUCGUUGUGACACCGUUAACCUGAACCAGCCGUACAAGCAUGACGGCGGGGGGACUGAAGAACAUGGUAUAGAAUGGUAUGCGUGGACAGCUCACCAGUACUCCAUCAAGUCUUCUCUCAUGAAGAUCAGACCUGCUCCUUAG